GAGCCCUUAUCUAACAUGGCGACGCCAACGUCACAGGGGCGGUGCUGUCCUGUGUUUACACCAGAGCUCCUUGCCUCUGGCUGUCACAGUGAGUCCCGGAUUGUCACAGUGAUGAUUCUGUUUGUUCUGCUCGCCGUUCUGAGCCCGGUUACCGGCUUGCCUUCAGGCAGCUGGCGGGAGCUCUCCCCUGGGGAUACGGAGGUACAGCGGGCGGCAGACCUGGCAGUGCGGGAAUAUAACCGGGGUACCGAGCAGGACGUUUUAUACCGGCAGCUGCGAGUCACCGAGGCAAGGAAACAGGUGGUAUCUGGGGUGAAAUACGAUCUGACUGUUUUAUUGGGGCGCACGCUUUGUAAGAAGGAAGAGGACGUGAUACCGGAGAACUGUCAGCUCACUGGUCCAGUUCAGAUAAAGGGGGUAAAGUGUUCGUUUUCCAUACUGAUUGCCCCAUGGAGAAAUGAAACUAAAGUCCUAAGCCAGGCGUGUUCCCAGGAAAGUAUAGGCCGAGAGACGUUUGCAGGUAUUUUCUGAAAACCUGAAGAAGGCGCGAAGUAUCCAGGAGAUGGACCAGGGUACCGCAGAGUACGGCGUGACUAAAUACAGCGAUCUGACUGAGGAAGAGUUCAGAGCUCUGUAUCUGAACCCUUUGCUAUCCACUCAACCUCCACGGCCCAUGAAGAAGGCGGAGAUUCCCAAGGACCCUCCCCCUGCAGGGUGGGACUGGCGAGACCAUGGUGCAGUCACUGAGGUUAAGAACCAGGGAAUGUGCGGGUCCUGCUGGGCUUUUUCAGUUACAGGGAAUAUUGAAGGACAGUGGUUCCUGCAUAAAGGCUCUCUGGUUUCCCUCUCCGAGCAAGAGCUGGUUGAUUGUGACGGAGAAGACCACGCCUGUGGAGGAGGCCUUCCCUCAAACGCUUAUGAUGCCAUUGAGAAGCUAGGGGGAUUGGAAUCUGAGAAUGAUUACAGCUACCACGGUCACAAGGAGGCGUGCAGCUUUGCCACAGAUAAAGUGUCUGCCUAUAUCAACAGCUCAGUGGAGAUCCCAAAGGACGAGACACAGAUUGCAGCCUGGCUUGCACAGAAUGGGCCCAUUUCUAUAGCUCUGAAUGCUUUUGCUAUGCAGUUUUACAGAAAGGGCAUUUCCCACCCGUUCCGUAUACUAUGCAACCCCUGGAUGAUUGACCACGCUGUGCUGCUGGUCGGCUACGGUGAACGAAAUGGCACCCCAUUCUGGGCUAUAAAGAACAGCUGGGGAACAGACUGGGGAGAGCAGGGUUAUUACUAUCUGUAUCGUGGCUCUGGAGCUUGUGGAAUGAACACAAUGUGCAGCUCUGCUGUGGUGAAUUAGAGAUCCGCUGAUCGUCUGCUCCAGUCCUGUAGCAGAUCUGUAGUAUUUAUAUACGUCACUCUACAUUUAGCUACACACGAUCCACAACAGUCUUCAGAAAGCACCUCGUUUAUCGUUAAGGUCCAACUCUAACCGCUCUGUACCCACUGCUGUGCCAGUAACUGGGACCUCCCUUAUGGGCACUAACCGUUGGACCCACAUCUGCACUGCCACUGAUCUGCCUCAUGCUGAUGACAUUGUAAGCCGUUCAAGAGCUCGGCUUCCUAUUCCGUUACACUUUUUUAUUUGUGUGUGAAAUUAAUGCUCACAAUGGGUCACUGUGUACCGCUACGCCCGGAAUCUUUGUGCAGCGCAGGACGCACUUUACAUUACCAGCCAGUACUUUUAUUUCUUAGUAUAAAUCCAGUAGGACAAUACUGAAUGAAUGCUCUCCUAUAUAUAGUUAUACAGUAUAUACUUAUGCACACAUAUGGUUAGUAGUAGCGAUUAAUGAAUGCUUGCGUAUAUAUAGUUAUAUAUACUUAUGCACACAUAUGGUUAGUAGUAGCGAUGAAUGAAUGCUCUCGUAUAUAUAGUUAUAUAUGGGCUGACAUAUAAAUAAAUAUAUACUCAUGCACACAUAUGGUUAGUAGUAGCGAUGAAUGAAUGCUCGCGUAUAUAUAGUUAUAUAUGGGCUGACAUAUAAAUAAAUAUAUACUCAUGCACACAUAUGGUUAGUAGUAGCCAUGAAUGAAUGCUCUCCUAUAUAUAGUUAUAUAUGGGCUGACAUAUAAAUAAAUAUAUACUCAUGCACACAUAUGGUUAGUAGUAGCGAUGAAUACCUAAGAAAACAAUUCCUGCUAUUUGCCAUAUUGCCAUAAGAUUGCACAUGCAGUUUGUGUUAACUUCAUAUUAUUUUCUUGAGAAGGAGCCCAUUGACACCUAAUUUACUUGAGCCAAGGGUAUCUAAAUAGGGUUUUAAUUAUGUAAAAAGCUUCUUGUGUUUUUCAGACUUGAGCACUUAAUGUAAUUACAGAUUUAAAUGUUUGGAUUUUAUACGUAAAAUAAUGACGCUGUCAUUCAUGUGCACAGUUGUACUAGAUGAUGUAUUUGCAUACAUACCCCUUACACAAUGGGUACGCACAUGCACGUUAACUUAACAUAUAUAUAGUAUUACCAGCAUGUGUUAAUGCUCUUUCACUUAGAAUAAGCAGUGAUUAGAUAUCUCAGGGUGAAUUUUAACAUAUUUCCGUUAUAAGUUAAGAAACAAUUCUGUGUUAAUGUUAAAAAUGUAUAUAUAAUAAUGCUAGAAAUAAUAUUUCUAUACAAAGGUAAUUAACCGCUCUUUAUUAUUGUCACGCUCACGUACAUACUUGCAUCUCCUACACUAAACAUACAUUUGCGUUGUAAGCUCUGUUAGGGGGAGCGUACAUUUUAUUCAUGGCAAGAUGUAACCUUUUAGUUAAAGCUGUACUUAUCAGUAACUGGAAUAUAUUUUAUUUAAGUACGUUUGUUUAGUAAAUGUAUUAAGUUAUAAAACCUUAGUAAUUAUAUUCUGUUGUGCGCAACCUUGCGUUGGUCUGUGAUGCUGGAAUAUUUAGUUCUUAAACUAAUAAAUGAUCUGCAGUUUUACACAAAUGUAAGUUUAUUUAAUCCACUAUUUAGACAUUUUUAGAGAAUUUAUCCUUGAUUAAUGUUCCUACAAUAUAUAACUCCUCUUGAUUCUAACAUUAAAUUACUUUAAUCAACUAGUUUUUCAUGUUUCUUAAGUAUAAAGGGCAAUAAAAUGAUAAAAUAUCA